UCAACCAUUCUCAUUUAAAUACAUAUUAUUUUUCAUACCUGAUUAAUUAUUAUAUCUAAUAGAUAAUUUUAUCUCCCGAACACCCUCCGCCCUCCGCCCCUGGAUAUGGUAUAUUGUUAGCACAUUAUUUUUGUUAUCAAAUUUUAUGGUAAUCGCAAUUGGGGUUCGAUAAGUGUUGAUGGGUGAGACGUCUUAUAAUAUGAGUGAAGCCCUUCUGCAAGACUUCUGAUAAUUGUUUUCUACUUCAAUUCGACUAUUUAUUGAUUGCCACGAUUUCUCAAUUCCUCUUAAUUGUUUAUCUUUGGAAAAAAAGUUAUCGGUAUCAUACGAUAACCUAGUCAUAUACCCGGUUUACAAAGAAAAAGAAAUGCAACCUCUUGGCCUUAGCAAUUAGCAUCAUAUGCUUGGUGACGCCGAUGUUAUACUCCUCUCCACUUCACUACGGAGCAUACCAUGACAAAUAUAAGGAAACCGUUUUGUGUUGUUGUAAUUGUAAACGAAGAUAAGCUAAGAAUACCAUAUGCAUAGACAAGAAGACAAGGAAACCGUUCCCACCGAAUCUAGGCUAGAGAGGCAGAGACAAGUGCACCUAAGUAUCAUCUAAAGGAUAAUACCUUAAAAUUAAAAGGCUUUAAACUUGUCGUAUAAUUCUUGAUGUGAAAAUGAAAAGAAUUUCCGAUCUUAAAUACACUUUGCUCUAAUAAACUCGUAACAGACUUCAUUAACUAGAAAACUGAAAUACCGUCAAUUAGUAACAUUUUAGACAAAUCAUAUUGGAAAAAUAAUAAAAGGAUCUAUAAUUCAUAAAUAAGAAAUCAGAUUUAACUGACAUGACACUCUUUUAAAAGAAAUUAAAGAGUUCUUAUAAGAAUUCUGAAGUUAAACGUGUUUACUGUGAAAUACUACAAUAAUGACUGAACUUAUGAAAAAUCACCUUUAAUUUAUAUGCACCCAAGAAAAAAUUCACAAAACACUAGAUUCGAAGUGAACAAUAUUUUCUCUUGAGAAAAAAUUUACCAUCCAACUUAGUGAUUAUUUAUUUAUUUAUUCGUUAUGCUCAUUAACCCCAAAGUACAUAUCAAGUCCACGUCAACUGAAGGGCCCCAUCUCCACAGCCUCCCAGAAACUGAUCGUCUAUUAACAAGUUACGGCUACCAAUUUGUAUAAAGACUUGCCAAAAUCAAACAACCUUGGAUUCUCAAAAACCAAACAUAAUAACAAAAUAAUUAUUGUUUCGCAAGUUCUCAUCGCGGCGACACGACGUUCCAAGAGAUAUGGAACAGCCACCGGAGAUCCAAGUUAAAGUUUUGGGUGAUGAUGAAGAGUCGCCUGCCGGAAUUAACAGCGUGACGAUGAUAAAGCAGAGCAGCCGGAAGGUUUACUGGCGGUGGCUCAAAAUCGCACUCUACACGUUAAGCGUCCUGUUGGGCCAAUCCGCCGCGCUUCUCCUCGGCAGGCUCUACUUCCUCAAGGGAGGCAACAGCAAAUGGCUGUCAUCAGUCGUCCAAGUCAUCGGCUUCCCAAUUCUCAUCCCAUUCUACCUCCUCACAACAACAACAACAACAACCGCCGCUGGCGGCGGCAACAAUCAACCACUUCCGUCUCCCUACACGCUCGGCGCAAUCUACGCAUCCCGCGGCCUGCUCGUCGGAAUCUGCACCUUCCUCUUCUCCGUGGGGCUUCAGUACCUCCCCGUCUCCACUUACACGCUCCUCUGCGCUUCCGUACUAGCAUUCAACUCCUUCUUCUCCUACUUCAUCAACGGCCAGAAAUUCACCCCUUUCAUCGUCAAUUCCCUCGUCUUGCUCACGAUUUCCUCCGUCCUGCUCGUAUUUAACAACGACGACGACAACGAGGAAUCUGCUUCCUCAUCGGCUCCGAACAGGGGAAACUACGUUGUCGGAUUCCUCUGUACAUUGGCAGGAUCGGCUCUGUUCGGCCUGCUGUUGUCCGCCACGCAGUUUGUGUUCGUUAAGGUUAUCAAGCGGCAAACUUUUAAGCAUAUGAUGGACAUGGUAAUCUACGAGAACGUGGUUGCCUGCGGUGUUACUGUUGUGGGACUUUUUGCUAGCGGGGAGUGGAAGGAGCUGGGCAGGGAGAUGGAUGGCUAUGAACUGGGAACGGCAUCGUAUUUGAUGACGUUGAUUUGGGUUGCUGUGUUCUGGCAGAUGUAUGCUCUGGGAGCUAUGGGCUUGAUAUUUGAGGUGUCUGCUCUGUUCUCGAAUUCGAUUAGUGUUGUGGGGCUGCCGAUUGUGCCGGUUGCGGCGGUGUUCUGUUUUCGUGACAGGAUGAGCGGGGUGAAAGGGGUUUCUAUGGCUUUGGCGAUAUGGGGAUUCGUUUCGUAUAUGUAUCAGUGUUAUUUGGAUGAUCGGAACUCCAAAGUUGUCACUAAGUCAAUUGAUGAGACCUCUCCUCGGAUGAGUUCAUAAUGAAGAUCUCUAAGAGUGUUUUAUUUGUAACUAAUUGAGGUACGUACUUACCCUACUACAGGUGUAAGUUUCGCAACAAGAAAUUUGAAGGGUUUAUUUCUUUCUAAAGAAACACUAAUUCAUAGAUGAAUCGUGAGUUCGAGUUGUAUGACGUUCUAUGUGAAGUGGAGCCGAAAAUUCCAUCUGAUGUAUUAUUGAUGAAAGGGAUUUAUACAGGGUACUAGAUACAAUAGGUAAACAGAAAGAGCUAACCCUAAGCAGAAGUGUGUGCAACUAACUGCUGAAUAUCAACAACAUAAUACAAGUAGUGGAGAAAC